UUCGUUUUCACCCUCUCUAACACGGUCACCAUCGCGUUCUGCGCAUCGCAAGCGCCCUGACGACACCGACCCCAAAACGCAUUAUCUUCGCGGUUUUUCGAUCGUCCGCAAUAACACAACGAAUACGUGAAAAUAGGUCGUGGACAUUCUCGAAACCGACACGCCGCAAAUUCUACGUUUCGCUCUCGCGAUGCGAGACAGUGAUAGUUAUUGAUUCCCAUCGGAAACGAACGGCAGUGUCCACAAUCCGUUGAGCACAUUCGGCGUAUACCUGCUGCGAAGAAGUAUUUAAAGAAUUGUAAAGUUUAAUUCUCUGAAGUCAAGAUGAAGAUCGGAUUGUUGAAGAAUUUCUUACACUAUUUCAAUCUGCGGCAGGGAACAAUAUUAAUUGCCGUAUUCCAAAUGGUAACGAUAAUCUCUAUCCGUCUAGCGUGUUUCAAGCAAUCAAUCUGCUUCGUAGAACAUAAUUUUCAAAUAUGUUGCAUACAGUUUUCGUCCGGAUUCGGUAUGAUAUUCUUUAUUCUGGCGUUGGCGCACGCGAUGGGGAUUCAAGAAAUGGUGGUGAGAGAUACCGAGGAUGCCCUCGAAAGAGAGGCUUUGGAAGAAAUAUCAUCGAAUCAUCUAAACACGAAAAAAAUGGACCUGGCGCAUCACAACGCAACCGAAAUAGUAUACGCGAUGUAUUGUGGUCUCGUCAUCACAGUUAUCCACUUUAUCUCUACUAUAUUACUUCUCCAUGGAGCUUUGUCGAAUAAUCGUCACUUUAUGGCGCCUUGGAUGAUGGUGAAGAUCACCAUCAUAUCGGCCCUAGCAAUCUCUCUAUUUUUGGUAGAGGAAGAUUGUCCUUUCAUCGCUACUUUAGGUGGAAGAGCGGGUAUUUGCGAACGCCUAUUCGCCUUUCUCCUGAUAAUUCUAAACUUUUACAUCUGGUUCGUGGUGUACAGUACUUAUAAGAGUCUCGAGACGAAGAAAGGGCUCGUGCACGAGGUGCACAGCGUGAAAAAAAAGUACGCGGUCCCCGUACCGCUGGAGGUACCAAAGGGAAUCCAAGUUAUAGGGAACAAGCCUUACGAGCUUUAAAGAUAUUAUAAGAGCGGAGGUAGCAACGAAAAAUUCGUUCGUUGAAGAAUGAAGAAUGCAAAUGAAGAGACCUGUGACUUUGCAAGAACGCAAGAUUCAUUCGCAAGAAGCUUUCAGUGACGUACAUACAUCUCGAGAAAAAAUAUUAUACUUGAAGACAAGAUACGAAGUCGGAACGAUAAUUUAGAAAUAAAAUCACGCAAUGGAAGUGUAUUUUGUCUCGAGAACGAAAAUUUAAUAACAGAUGGAGUUUCGUAAUAAAAAGUACUGUACGUGGAGGAUGUGAAGAUAAACGAAAAGAUUUCAUUGUACAAAGCCCAAGAAGGAUACGCUUUAAACGUCUCUUCUCGUUCUACACAUAUGUUCAAGUCGCGCGUUUUACGUUUAUAUAUUAAGAGUUCUUUAAUCCGACGCACAGAUACUGUUAUUCAUUUGAUCGAUAAAUUGCAUUUUCACUAUACGCACACGUACGUUCCGGAUUUCCAUCCGUCAGAAUUUUGACGGAUAAGAAUACCACGAUCUCAAAUUUAAUCUCACCACUGUACGAAUGCGCAUUUCCUUUCAAGCGCAAGACUGAUUUUAAUUUAUUAUUAUAACACAAAAUAAUGUAUGGAUAAUUUACGCUAAUAGAUAAUGAACAGUGUCGCAAGAACGCUGCAUCGUAGAUGAAUUUAUUAAAUAGCUACAAGACUCAGAGUCGUGGCAUAAUUAGUUUUAUUUUGUAUUUAAACCCAACUUCUUUGUGAAAUUACAAUCUUGUUAUUUUGCAACAAUAUCCGUGUGAUAUAAAGUGUAGAAUCACUUCUUGUGUAUAUGUAUAUUAUAAAAAAAAAUAUAUAUAAAUGGAAAAAACUAAAAAUAAAAAUUACAAUAUUCCAGUACGACAUAUAUAUGUAUAUGACAUGUAUAAUAACAUGACAUGAUUCGGCUAUGAAACAAAGACACAUUUAUUAAAUCGCCAAAAACCAACGUGUAACAAUAAUCUGCUUAAAAUUGUCGAAGAGUAUGUACGAAGGGGAUGUAUAUCGUUUUUAUAAUGAUGCGUGAUAUAUAUAACGUGAUAUAUAUAACAAAAAAAAUGUGUAGGACUGCAAAACACAUGAUCACGAUAGGGAUACACGAUUGUGUUGCGAAGCUUUUACCGCAAAGCUAUGAAAAAUGAUUAUUUUCUUUUUGUCACAAUAAUAUUUAUGGCCAACGUUUAACUAGUCGCAGCAGCAUUUUUAUCUAAAAUGUAAGAAAAUGUGAGUAUCACGCCAACAAGUAACUUGCGGUGUCCCCUGGUGUUACCUGAGGUAUUCCUUUUGUUUGUCGUAUUUAAAAACUUGCUCUUCUAUUAAUAGGCGUCAGCGAAUAGGCUCGUGUAACAAGUUUAUGACACACUCUUUGUUAACGCGUUUUUCGACGUUCGCCAAUAAUCUUUUCUGUUUUGUCUUUCUCUUCGAGAAGCUGCGUACAAUGCACCAAUGAUCGGUGUUACCAACAAUUAAUAGAACUCUUCAUUUGGUCCUCUAUCAUAUCGUCCAACGUGGACGUUAUUUCCUUUAUAUAAACAGCUCAUGUGUUGUAAUCUCUAUAAACGCGACGUACCUUCGCCGUACCCGCUCGAUCUUAUUAUCAGCAGAUGCAAAUAAAACCAAAGGAAUACGAAA